AUGAGGUACAGUACCAGCUUGAGAUGGCGAUGUUCAAGUCUCAGCAUUGCCCCACUGCUGCACAGAUAUCCUCUGCUCCAGCCAUACAGGAGGCAUAUCUCAUCAGGUCCAAGAUAUCUCGCUCCCACGGCGGAAAACUCAUUGUCCCCUACGCAGAGACAGACGGAACAGAUAUCGCCCAUCCUUGUGCGGGAUGCCUGUCGCUGCAGCCAAUGUGUGGACCCUUCCGACCGUCAACGCAAUUACUCUUACUCUGAAAUCCCGACAAAUAUUGAAGUUCAGUCCACCACAAGCCACAGUGACAACGCAACCACUACUAUUCAAUGGAACAAUGAUACAAGUGCUUCACACAAGACGACUUUGGCCACAGAACACAUCAAAAGGCUCCAGGAACCCUUCCGCAACGCCAACUGGGAGUUCUACAAGCGGCCUCGAAAGCUCUGGAACAAUGAAACCUACCGCACAGAGAAGAACCCCCGGAUCAAUUAUGACGAGUACAUGAGCAAAACCGAUGUUCUCGCACGGUCUCUCCACCUCCUCUGGCGCGACGGCCUCGUCUUCAUAGAUCAAGUCCCCGAGUCCGAGGAGUCGGUAAGAACCAUCGUCGAGCGAAUGGGACCACUCCAGAACACAUUCUACGGCCCGACCUGGAACGUCCGCUCCCUGCCCCAGGCCAAAAACGUGGCGUACACAUCCAAAUACCUAGGCUUCCACAUGGACCUGCUGUACAUGCGCGACCCUCCAGGCCUCCAAUUCCUGCACUGCAUCCACAACUCGUGCACGGGAGGCGAAUCGCGCUUCGCCGACACCUUCAAAGCCGUGGACGAACUGUACAGCCAAGCCGACGGGCCGGAAAUGGUCCAGACCCUACUGACGCACCAAGUGCGCUACGAGUACGACAACGACAACUUCUUCUACUCGGACGCGAAACCGACGAUCCAAGCGUCACCUGCCACGCACACGCCGCGCGACAAAGUGCUGCUCGCGAAGAACCCGGAGCUGAUGCGACGGAUCGAACACGUGUUCUGGUCGCCGCCAUUCGUCGGCAACAUCGACACCAGCCAGCCGCACGGCGAGCUGGUCAAGUUCAUCCGCGCCAGCAAGGCCUUCUCGGACAUCCUGGAGGACGCGCAGAACGUGGUCGAGGUGAAGAUGGACAGCGGCACCUGUGUCGUCUUCGACAACCAGCGCAUCGUCCACGCCCGCAACGAGUUCGACGCCAACAGCGGCAAGCGCUUCCUCAAGGGCGCCUAUCUGGCCCAUCAGGACUUUGAGAGUAAGGCCGUCGGUCUGCAGCAUCUUAUGCCUGAGGGAGAGGGGAUUUGA